CAUUUCACCACUGUGCGAUACAAAUGUAAAACUGUCGUGUUCACACAGAAUGCUAAGAAAUAGAAAAAGUAGGAUUAAAGAAAAUGUCAAACGUGAAGAAAAAGUCACCGCAAAUGAUGAGAAACAACAAGCCGAUAAACCAACAGAAGUGCCUCACAGUAUUUCUGAAAACAAAAAGAAAGAACCGAAUGAUAAAUGUCUAACAUUUGUUGUAGUGUUUGCAGCAGCAGUUAUAGCAAUUGCUCUUGGUUUGCAAGUUUAUGUUUACAGUAUCAUUCAAGAAAAUGCAAAGAAUGCAGCUGUUCGUCAACUUGGCCAGCAUGGUUUAAAACUUUUUAAAGAAUAUGAUAUCAACAAAGACAUGCAGAUAGACCCAAAGGAGUUCCGACAACUGUAUGACUUUAUUUUAUCCGAAGAUAUUUUAAAAGCAAGCCAUGAAGUGGAGGAAGAAAUAACUAAAGAAAUAUUUGACCCAAGCACAGAUGAAAUUGUUCAACUAAAAGCUGAUAUGAUACCACUUGUUUUGUCGUCCAUGAGUCAAACAAAUAAAAAUCCAGCAUUUGGAACUCCCCUGUUUCAUUACUCCAAGGAUUUUUCUGGUCUUGUUGCUUGGAAAAGUGUAAAAACAGAGCAGAAAGAUUUGUAUGCCAAGGAAUUUAAAGCUUUUCUACCAAAUAAUUCUUCACAAUUAGUUGGAGAACCUUACUGGUUGAUCCAAAGACCCAACAAUCCAGAAGAACUAACCAGUAAUCGAUACAGAUAUCCAAUUCCAAAGACAAAGAUUGAAAAACUUCUUCAUAAUUUGCUUGUCAUGUUUCAUCCGCGACCUUUCGUGACUAUGAGAUUUUCGCCACAAGGUGCUGCUGCUGUCAUACGAGCACAAAACCAAGUUUAUCUGGAAAUUGUGUUCAGGUUCCAUAGCGAGUUCCAACUAAACGAACCUCCAUAUCUUCCUUACUGGUUCACACCCGCCCAGUUUACUGGUCGUCUUAUUAUUGCUCGGGAUGGAACUCAUGUUAGAGGAUUUCAACUCUAUGUGCCAAAUAAUAAGAAACUCAAUGUGGACAUGGAGUGGGAAACCAACGAUCCGAACGCACCUGAAAAUAACAUGGAAGUUGAUAUCGGGUUUCUACCUUUAAUGACAAUCAAUCAAACACAACCAUCAAGUCCAAUGAUAUUGAAUAAUGACGAUGGAACUUCUAUUGAUAGAAGGGAAUUAAUCAAACAAGGAAAGGACAUUGUCGUUGAAUUUGAUGAAAUUCAAUGGAAAGAUGAUGCCAUUACUACACAAUAUGCACACGGUCAACUUGAAAAGCUUUUCUUUCCUUUUAAAAAGGUUGAUUAUUUACCGUUUAACGAAGCAUUCAAGCGAGCUUCCGUUGAAAACAAACUCAUCCAUCAGGUGGUGCUAUGGGGAGCACUUGAUGAUCAAUCCUGCUGAGGUUCGGGGCGAACUCUUCGUGAAACUGCUCUCGAGAGUUCGCCCGUUAUUCAACUGCUUAAUCAGAGCUUCAUUAGUACCUGGUCUUUACUAAAGGACUUAGAGGUCAUAAGCAAUGAUAAGCAGUCACCAUUAAGCAAUGUUGCUAAUCUAUCUAUUGAAGCUUACAAGUUUCCAGUUCAAAUGAUGGUCAUACUUCCCAAUGGGACCGUGAUUUCCUCAUUGAAUGCAAAUGAUUGGUUGGCACAAGCGAAUGGUGAGGUUCCGGUUGAUGAAAAAUGGUUGUCACUUGGCUCCAAAGAUUACAACACUUUUCUUUCCAAUGCAUUAGAAGCUUCAAAAAACUUGUAGCUCACUGUUUUAUGAUGUGCUGUUAAAAUAUUAUUACUCCAGUAACCCAUUUGUUUAUUUCUAUGUUCAUGUUUAAUUCAUGCCAUACAACAUCAACAUUGUUUUCGGGCACAAAUUGCAUUUAUUGAUCGUUGUUUGUGGAACAGUUGACCCUUUAUAAUUAUUAAUUUCAGCAUUAAAAAUACCCUUUUUAUCAAACUUCUGGUUAGGCUUUGUAAAAUUAAAUUUUACAUCAAACCGUGUUAAAACUUGAAGUAUAGUAGGGUGGAGGAAGACUGGACACCGUAAUAUCCAGAUAUCCUAAUCGUGUUUAAAACAACGGUUUUGGGGUUGUUCCAUCUUCCCCCACCCUACUAUAUAUAGCGUUUAAAAAACGUAGCCUUUUUUAGAGUUCCGUAGUUUUUUUUUGCUUUUGUAUCACUUCUCGUUAUUUGUGUUUUAUGCAAAUGCAUACCUUUUUCAUGUGACAUCAUCAACUAGUAUGACGUAAUCAUCUUAAACGUCACAACGUGGAUGGUUGCCGAGGUUGAAGUUGAUGGAUGUAACGUGCGAAUAAUGGUUUGUAGUUUGUAUAAAUUCAAAAGGUCUUGUAACAGUUAAACAGAGCGCUUUUGUUAAACAGAAUUUUUGCACUUGUAAUAUUACAUACUUUGAACGUUGGUAAA